CCAUCGUGCGUAUAAAUGUAGGCCCGCACUGCUUUGUCUGCCACCUGCGUUCCUCGGAUAUUAUCCCUGAGUCAAACCAAUUUAUAAUGUGUGAAACUAGAGCGCUCACUACAAAAAGAAACAGCCCUCUGUUUACACUGCUAAUGAUUAGUAUCCGACGCUUUAACCCCGCCCCAUCUCAAGCUUUUCGACUGGAGGCCCUGAGCACCUAUCGUAACCAUGGCAACUGACAAGCUACGACGCGAAGCACUUUUUUGAUCCUCAGCAGAUUCCGUAAGGAUCAUCCCUUCCCUUCCUCUCUGAUUUCUACUCUGCUUCUUAGUUCAGACUGCGCCCGUUGUAUAUUCAUAGCCUCAUUCCAUCAACCGCAAAGAGACAUGGGCAUUUGGAAAAAGCUACUUUGUAUACAGGGUUGGAAGCAAACAACAUGAGCUGACUUUCCUGUCAAGGUUCAAGACAAAGUCUUCCUAUGCUGAACACAUUUAGAAGCCAUCUUAAAAUACAUGAAUUAUUAGUUCUGGUACUGUCAGAUGGGCAUUCAAAAAGGGGUCUUAAGUCAAAACACUGCAGUAUAUGUAAUAAAUGCGUCAGCAAUUUUGAUCACCACUGCAAAUGGCUGAAUAACUGCGUGGGAGGAAAAAACUACUGGCUGUUUUUCAAUUGUCUGAUUUCUGCGUUUUUGGGCACAUUUCUGCUCAGUACAAUAUCAACAUAUGUGUUUGUUGAAUACUUUGUUGAUCCAGCCAUGUUAAGAACCAGCAAGCAGUUUGAAGCAAUACAGAACCUCUCCGAUGUCUGGUUUGUUUUCCUUCCCUCUGCCCCAGUGGAGACAAAAGCCCCUGCAAUACUGGCCUUAGCAGCAAUUGUUUCUGUCAUGGGACUCAUCACAAUAUUGCUGAUUGGACAACUGCUUUGCUUUCAUGUUUACCUUUUGUGGAACAAACUCAGCACUUAUGAGUAUAUAAUGCACCAGCGUCAGAAGCAAGAAAUUAAAUCAAACAGUCUGCACCAAGAAGAUGGCGAGAAGUCUUCAGCAGGCCGUCCUCCGAUGCAGGAGGAGAGCUUUGGAGGAAGUCUUAUUUAUACAAACCCAGAUGUUCAGAUAGAAGGUCCUUCAUCUGGAUCAUUGAAGAAAGAUUGCCCAAUGCUGACCAGUGAUGACAAUAAUGCAGAUGGGGACAUUGAGUCAAACACACAACCAUCAUUAAGUGUGGAGAAGAAGCCAAGAAAGAAGAAGAAAAAGAAAAGAAAAAAAUCUAAUAAAGUUACACCAGAAGCUGCCAAAUGCCAUUCUGUGGAUGGCCAUAGUCCACGCGUGCUUCUACCACCACCACCCUGUUCAGAUCAUCCUGUACCUCUUUCACCCUCCACUUUGGCAGUACCCCCUUUCUCAUCCCGUUUAUUACCUGUCUUGGCUCCCAUCAAUGGCCAUCUGAUCCAAGCUGCUGGUCCACCUGCAGAAUACCACUCUGACUCCGCAGAGUCAAUGGAGGAAAUUCCUGUGGCACAAACUCAUCUUGGAAGCUCUUCCAUGAGUGAAAAUCUCUUUUACAGCCAGCGAAAUCCAAAAGAGUUGGUCGUUACAUUUGAGCAGAGGCAAAGCUACCUGUUGCCACACACUAUGCAGCAGAAGUUUGAACUCCGUCCUAAAGUUCCCUCAAUUUUUGUAAGUGAGAGCAGUGGAGCACCUUUGGCCAAUGGACUUCAGGCAGAACCCAAAAAGCAGAGCAAUCAUUCUGUGCGGUACAACAAAAUGUGGGUGGCAAAAGGUAAAGAAGGGGAGCAGGUUCUCUCCAUGUCUAAUGCAGAAUAUUUAACUAUCAUUAAUGGAAACACAUUAGCCUAAUCUUUUUUUUAUUAAAACAUAAUCUAACAUAUCCUUUAUUCUUAAUAAAAUACUUUUUAUACUGAA